AUGGGAGCACUGUACUAUGCAGUACCAGGAAAAGCAUUUGACGAAAAUUUGCAGAAUGUUCAUGAAGUGGGGAACUUAAUAUAUGCUCAAGCAGAGGAUAUGGGUAUCACAACUAACACAGAUGCUGAGGUGAUGGCUAUUCUAGAAGCUUUGAGAUACUGCAGGAUUAGAGGAAUGGAUAACAUUUUCAUACAGACUGACUGUGACAUGGUGUACAAAAUAUUGGAAGAGGGUUGGAAAUCACCUUGGGGAAUAACUAUAUGGAUUGAGGAGAUCAAGGAUUUUAGAAAUAACAUGAAUGUGUCCUAUAGCCAUAGCUUAAGAGAAGGUAACAAGUUGGCUGAUGCUUUAGCUAAUCAGGCCCUUGAUGAUGGUCUGAGAAGCUAUAAAUAUAAAGUUUGCAGAUAUUAA